UUAGCUGUACAUGGUAGCAUGUUGUCCGCGUUGGAGUAUUUUCUGUUUCUCUUGUGGUGUGUCUUUCUCAUCGCAGGUGAAAGGUUGAACGUUGCACAGAACAAACCAGCGUGGAUGAGCACAACUAGGGAAUCUUCAUUGACUGCAAGUCAAGCUGUUGAUGGGAUAACUACCGCGGAUAAACAUAAGUUCUCAGCCCACACGAAGGAAAGUGAAUCCAUGGCUUGGUGGAAGGUCGAUCUACAGAUGGAAGUUCAGUUGCCAUUGGUUAAAAUCUUCUUCAGAACAGACCACAAGGUUAGACGUAAUGGUGUACGACUCUACACAUCUAUGACAAAUCCAUCGCAUCCCAAAGGAGGAACUCUAUGCUACAAUGUAACAGGGCGUCCUGAUGGUACAGACAUCCCUGACGUUCUCAAUGUGACCUGUCCUGGGACGUGGCGCUACCUGACUGUAUAUACAGUGACAAGUAAUGAUAAAGAAGGUCCUGUGUUAGACUUUGUUGAAGUGCAGGUGUGGGCCUGUGGCAAUGGAACCUACGGUGAUGGGUGCAAUAAAGCAUGUGCCAAUCGCCACUGCAAACGAGCAAAUGAUACAUGUUAUCAUGUGACAGGGAAUUGCUCCGAAGGCUGUGAAAGUGGCUGGAGACGGAAUGACUGUUCACUUGCCUGUGAAAAUGGAAGCUACGGAUAUGCCUGCAACAAGUCAUGUGUCAAUCGUCACUGCAUGACACCAAAUGACACAUGUGAUCAUGUAACAGGAUUAUGUUCCAAAGGCUGUGAAAGUGGCUGGAAUGGGACCGACUGUUUGCAUGUCUGUGGCAAUGGAACCUACGGUGAAGGAUGCAACAAGGCAUGUGCCACUCGCCACUGCAAGAUUCCCAGUGACACAUGCAACGAUGUGACAGGGAAUUGUCCCGAUGGCUGUAAAAGUGGCUGGUACGAAAAUGAUUGUUCACAAGUCUGUGGCAAUGGAACCUACGGUGAUGGAUGCAAAAUGGCAUGUGCCACCCGCCACUGCAAACGAGCAAAUAACACAUGUGAUCCUGUGACAGGGAAUUGUUCCGAGGGUUGUGAAAGUGGCUGGAACGGAAAAGAUUGUUCACUUGAAGACGGUACUUCCGGAAGUUCUUCUGCACCAGGAUUCCUCAUGCUUGUCAUAGUAGGAGGCGCAACGGGCCUUCUGGUGGCUACAACUGUCUUCUUCAUCGUGAUUGCCUGCGGAAGAAAGGCAAAUAAUUCUCUGGACAACGAGGGUGACAUACAGAUUGCUGAACAUCAACCACCAAGUGUGCAAGGCAUUCCCGCUGAGGCGGAGAACCGUGACGAUCCAGAGGAAGGAGCAGUCGCAGACGACGUUUCCUGUGUUCUAUACGCUAACGCCGACACCAGUAAAAUCCUUGUGCGGGAACUAGCAGCAACAAUAGCUAUACUUGAAGAGCGGAAAGACGGGUUCCAAAAGGAGUAUGGGCUACUUCCGGCUGGGUUCACGGCCCCGUAUGAAGACUCCCAGAAAGCUGAGAACAGUGGCAAAAACAAGUUCCGAGAAUACUAUCCAUAUGACCACAACCGUGUUCGCCUGACUCCUCUUCCCAACAUUCCCGGGUCUGACUACAUCAACGCCAGUCUCAUGCACAGUUUUAAUCUAAGGAGAAACUACAUCGCCGCUCAAGCCCCCAAUAAGAAGACAGUGGGAGACUUCUGGAGGAUGAUCUGGGAACGUUCCUGCAGCCAGAUAGUUAUGUUGACUGGUCUCGUGGAGGAGCGUAAGGUAAAAUGUGAACAGUAUUGGCCGUCACGUGGCGUCUUGAACACAGACCUCUUCCGGGUGGAAGUUGAAGUCACACAAAGCCGUGCAAACUUUACAUUGAGACAUAUGAAGGUGACGUCUUGCAAAACUGAAGAGAGUCGGUCAGUUGUGCAAUUCCACUUUACAUCAUGGCCUGACCAUGGUGUUCCCGACACCCUCGCUCUCGUCAACUACAUCUGGCUGGUCAGAGAGACAGUUGCAGAGACAGACGGACCACUGCUCGUCCACUGCAGCGCGGGUAUUGGACGUACAGGCACAUACAUCGCCGUGGACUCCCUGAUAGACCAGGCUCUGGUGGAGGGGGUGGUGGAUGUCCUCGGGUACGUGACAGCCAUGAGGGGGCAGAGGAAGAACAUGAUACAGACUCCGGAGCAGUACCGGUGUGUCUUUCACUGCCUGCUGGAGAUGACAAAAUAUGGCAACACCAGCCUGAACGUUGACAGCUUCACCAACAGCUACAGCAACAGUGGUAUGGACACUACAGUGGACGAGAGGACUUUCAGACAGAUGUCAGAGAUGCUUACAAAUGAACCAAAUGAUGAUUCUCCCUCCCGACACAGGAUGUGGGUGGAUGGUAACCCUGACUUCAUUGUCCGCGUGGGUCCGUCCCUGACCUGUGCUAGCGGGUACCUGCAAGCAGUUGCGCCGCCGGCUGCGUUGGUGAAGUUGCUGUGGAAACUGGUGGAGGAGAAUAACGUCCACAACAUCAUCGUCGUCACCCCACUGGAGGUUGAUGUAGCUGGAGUGGAGAAUGAGAAGAGGAAGUAUGAUGGCAUAACGAUAACAGCGACCAAUCAGACCAACCUUUCUUCAGGGCUUACUCUUGUGAAUUUGAAACUGGAAACAAAGAACACAGACAUUUCCCGAGCAGUGAAGAUGCUUCACAUACCUGGUCCGAUUACCCUCGAAGACUUGGGGACGUUAAUCCUUGGCAACUCCCAUCUCCACCACAUGUCGUGUCAACCACACCCUACUGUGGUGUUACACAGAGAGGUUGACAGGAAAACUGCUGUAUCUCUCUGCAUCAUGGGAAACAUUCUCUGUGGCAUCCUUGACGAUCAUCGUGUGGACGUCGUCGGUCACGUCAGAACAUUCGUCAAAUGUUGUCCUGGCUUUCAUAUUACACAGGAUGAUGUGCGGUUGCUGUAUGACUUCUGUCGUCGCUGUGGGCUGAUGGAGGAGAAGGCCAGCAACUACGCUAAUCUGUGACAGUGUUCAGCUUCUGUAUACAGUUGGUAGUUAUCAUUUAAACACUUUUGCAGGUGUUGUUUUCAAAUGAUUCCGUGAGGUCGCUUUUGCAAUUGCCUAAUGUAUUUUGAACUGUUAACUAUUGUUUGUUUGCUGUUACUGUCUUUGUUUUUCGUGUCAUUACAUCUUUAUUUCUAAACACAUAUGUAUGUCUUCAUUUUUUUCAGUUUUUUUUAUGUUAUAUUUGUGCUAUUUUCCUAUGAUGUAUUUUGUAACGGGGAUAAUCACACAUUCAGUAUUUAAUUUUUUUGUAAACGUGAGGUAUCUGAAUAUAUUCUUUUAAUGUUUCCUCGAAAGACGAACACCCUAAACUUUUCCUCAACCUCAGUGCUAAGCACAGUUUGCGUGGAUUCGAGAGGAUAAACUGAUUCAUUGGGUCUGUGACUUAAAAACGAUAAUGUCACUCAAUUCAUUGGAUUGUUUGGCUCAUAGACGAUAUUUAAGAAUACAGUUUGCAAAGUUAUGCAAGCCGUGAUGCGUGUUUUUUUUAUAACUUGAUGACGCACUUUGAAUAACACGUAUAAUCCAUCAACGAAGAGUGGCCAAUACACUGUAAUGAUUUAUUUAUAACACAUAAUCGAUUGCCUGGCGGUAGGUAUUGUGUGCCUCACUGAUAUAACGUUGUUCGUGAUAAUAUUACCUGCAUGUUACGUUAUCCAUAUUUCCACACAAGUGUGUAUAAAUUUACCUGGAAGUGUACCGGGUAUGUUUCAUUUCCAACAAUGAGUACAUUACAAGAAAAAAAACUUGAUAAGCUACGUGUACACUACCAGGAUCAUGAGUGAACUCGUAGUUCAGUUUGACCGGACAUGUACAUGCAUUUACAUCACAUAGCAGGAUGUGAAUACACUUUGCGAUUUAGAAAGUGAUCAAAUGUAAUAUCUCGAACGAAUUUACACUUCUCAGAGAGGUACACAAAGUUACCUUGUGAUCUUGACUACCAGUCGUCGGACUUUAAUUUUGUGUGUGGAAGCCUCGGUGGUUGUGUGGGUUAGAUCCCUGACUUUGUGUGCUCGCGAUUAGGUACCCCACCCAGGGAGUGAUGGUUCGAGUCCCGGAUAAGGCGGAACCCAAGACGUACGAGACUUUGUACUUUCCAAAGAGAGCGUAGGCCUGAGUAUAACAUUUGUUACAUAGAAAGAUGGUUUGGGGAUUUUUGUCACCAUAUGACACCAAUUGAUUAACAUUGACAUUAUCCUUAUACAUGUGUUUGCUGAGACAUUUCACAUCUCCGUUGGAAUACGCAUGGUCACUGUCUUUAUCAGACGUCUAUUCAUAUUUUGAUGUGUGAUUUUGAACAUGUAGUCUUUCAUUUCUCCGACUGUACAAAUGAACCUGCAUGCUUCUUUUUCCUCGAUUAGUGAUUCACGAUUUCAAGAAUUUGCUUUCAAAUGAAUUGAUUGUAUAUGUUGAAUACAGCUAAACUCGUUGUCUCGAACUACUGUGGAUCAAACAAAGAGUGUUUUUUCUUUUGUUUUUUUUGUUUUUUUG